CGUCACCACAGUGAUAUUGCACACGCACUUUCUGAACUCGUGUUGACCAGAACAGUUUCACAAAUGUCGACGUCUAGCGGAGUGUUACGUGAAUGCUGAGAGACUUGUCCGACAAAUUUGACGUGUUGGUGCUUUUCGGGGUGCGGUGGUAAAGCCGUUUGCAGCCGGUGAUUGCCCUGCAGUUGCAUAUGCCCGUCACCACACUUCAUCAGACUAAUGCCACUAGGUAGCGUUGCCUGUUACCUUUUCUGAGUCGCACUGUGUACGAACUGACCCCGGGAACUGUGUGUCUACUGUAUGCCGUCAUUGGUGGCGGUUCCGUAACUAUGGCAAUAGAAAGCGGAGGACUGGGUCCUCGGACUCUGAUCCCGAGAAUUCUUCUGAUAUCAUCAUGGCAAAGAGGUGCCCAACCAGACGAGGGAACGAAGGAAACAGAACCACAACUCGUUCAAGGAGAUGCUCCAGGCAGCUCUGGGAAUCUGUCCUCCCCGCAGUGGAAGCCAGCUAAUCACCAGCUGCUUGAGAUUUUGCUCCCUCAUCCGUCCCAACCGAGCGUAGUUGUAGCCUUUUUAUGGUCAAACUCCACAUUGUAUGAACUGAAUCAGUUUACUCGUGACGUGGGACUGACAUCGGUUCUCCUUAGAUCACCUGAGUUCGUGCUGGGGAACGGGGCGCUUCUUGCAGCGACACCUUUUGACCCUCUAUUUAUUUUCCUUGCUCUUCUUUAUCGCCACGCCACCGAGUUUUUUGUUCCUUUCUCUCAGCUGAUUUCCCAGUCCGACUAUUCUCAGGAGGUUCGCAGAAACCUUACGUGGCUGGCAUCCGUACCAGAAGUGACGAAGCGAAUCUCCCUGAUUGCGGACAUCCGUAGUGCUGGCGAUUCAACCAUUGGAGACCAUGACACAAGGAAGGGAGAGUCGCCUUCUGCGUUGCAAAACUCGUGGCUAAAAUCAGAGUUCUUCCGCCUCAAUGCCGACAAAGCGCGUACUUUCCUUCAGCGGAAACACGCAAAACUGCUGAAAACAAUUCUAGGUCUACGACUUCCUUUCAAGGACUGCGUCGUCUUCGGCGAAAAAACGCAAUACAGCCCAGUACCUAAGGAUACUAGUCGUGGACCUUAUACAACAGUUAAUUCAUGGAAGAAUGACCACCUAAACCCACAAAAAGGUAAUGUCGCUCCAGGCGAUGUGACGGAAAAGAUUGAAGUUGACCUUGCUGCUGCACACCGGAUGGUGGACGAAAUUCUGUGUGGGUAUCUUCCCAAAGGCCUCGCUGCUGCUUUCAAACAACCUUGUAACAAACAGGGGAGGUCGCGAACCACAAAGAGGGAGGGAAACGGGAACGCCGUAAGCUGCACACUUGCAAAUGUUGCAGAGGAUAACGAGACACAUGAUGGUAGGAUGUGCGGCUCGGGGGACCUGUUUCCGAGUCCUGAAGUUCUAAGCGACACAUGUCCAACACUUUCAGCUGCCUCUGCUGGUCGAGAGAAAUCAACCUGCGGGUUCGUCGAUGGUACCACCGGUAAAGCAACAAAGACCGAGGAGACCCUGGUGAGCUCUGGACUACAUGAUGAGACAACAAAACGUCCCGAGGGGCGCAAAAAGCGGCUGCGUGCUCAUGCCGCAGUUGUUCAAGCAGCUACUUCGCCACAGUCUGAGACCAAUAGCGCAGAUCAGAGUGAAUCCGAUACAAAAGAGAAUGCCUCGCGGCAAGCAGAGACAAGACAAGUGGCACGUCAGGCUGACGAGCAGAAAGCAGCAGGAAAUACUGACAGACAUUUCGAAGACGAGGGGGACACGGCAAACUCUACUUGUAAUAAAAAGUGUAGGAAGGAGAACUCACAGCGUGAGGGGUCCUUUUCGAAAGGCAAUGCAGCAAAGUCGGAGGCCGAUAAUGCUAUGUCAAAGACAAAAGCGAAAGGAGGUACCAGACUGUCAAAUCAAACGUUAAUCAGUUCGUUUUUUCGAAAGAAACACUGAGUGUGUAACUCCUCUAGUGCGUUUUUUGGAAGAUUCGGUAUGUGGAUUGAUGGGCAGUGGCUGGGCGGGCAUUCAGAAACUGAGUACCGAGCAACUGUGGCAGGAUGGCAUAGGGAAUCUUACUCGGUGCUUCGUGUUUGCCGAGACCUGUGAAAAGUUGAUGCUCCUGUUAUGGCGUACACAUGAUCAGAACCUUGCACCUUUGCUUUGGUGCUUGCUCGCGUGUUCGGUAGGAACACCACGUGUGUAAGCCGUGGACUUGUUCUUGUAUCAUGAGAAUUGUGUUGAAAAAGGUUUUGAUAUACGAUGAUGGACUAUAGGGGGAACGGCGUGGAGCGCCGGCGCGCGACGAGUGUUUUCAGAUAUAACCUAAUGUAAAAGGGUUCAUUUUCUGUUGGAGGUCUCCUCGUGCGUAGGAGACCGAUGGACGAAGUUUUGACGCCGAGUGUGUUACUGCGCUUGUUUGGCGCGCGCUGCAUGGAAUGCAGUUCUGCUCACGCUUUUUCUGCAUGGAAUGCUGCCGCGUUGCAAAUUUGAAACUACUCGAACGAUGGGAGGAACUGCGUUCUCAUCUGCACACCCCAUCUAGUACGAAAAGAACGGUUACAAUCGUAACUUGUUACAUACUGAAUUUGUUGCGGAAAGCCCGAAACAUGAAAUGAAUUGCGGUCGGUCCACAUACGACUGCCACGGUGCGAUGGACCGGUUCUAGAAACGGCAGGGUUCGUUCUAUCAAGACACAGGAAACCGUCACCAGUCAUCCGUAGCAGCGCGACACAGUGGUUGGUUGGAGACGUUUGUGAUAUUGGGACUGUGUUACAAUGUGAGAAAACCAAAAAGAAAAACAAUGAUGAUGUGUAACGAUGAUGCCUCUAUUGUCAGCCACCGUGAAGAUUGAAAAAAGCAGACUGCCACCAGCCGAGUACGGUAGACUACAGAAUUGCUGUGAUCGCAUCGACAUAAAAAACUCGCGUAUACGUAGAUGAAAGAAACCUGUGAUUUGUUGAAGACAUGCGGCUCUUCUCCUUGCGCCCACCUCAAGAUACUUCAUCGAAGUGAUACGGACGGUUGCCGAGUUUCCUGCCACGGCUCGUACCACAAAAGAAACAGAUUAAUAAUGCCAUCCUAGAGAUUUUGAACUCGCUGUCCUCUUGCACUGCUAUGGCUAAACCUGU